GUCAUCGCUGCGUGCUCCGGAACCAGCGAGCCCCACUCGACAAGACGAGGGGUCAAUUUGUUCCUUAGCAGAGCAAGCGAUAUUAUUGCUCAUUUUAUCGCAAAAUAACCACAAAUAAAGCAGACAGCAGUGGUUUGGAUGUGUCUAUAAGGUGCUUUCUGUCUCUGAGGUCCAGCAGUGCAGCCAGUUGCCAUGGCGUCUCCAGGGGGACAAGGAGGAGGAGCUCUGUCAACGAGAGGAGGCAGCGGUGCCAGGAGGAUGAAGUGGGCUCUGGAGCUGAGCUUGGGCAACACCAGGCAUCAAGCUCAAGAAACCCGGUGCUGGCAGAGAGAACUCUCCAGGAGUCGCAGUGAUCGUCAGGGUGGUCAGGGGGACGUCGUCUACCCCAUCGGCUACUCUGAGAAACCCGUCCCCGACACCAGCAUCCAGGAGACGGACAAGAACCUGGUGGAGAAGCGUUGUUGGGACGUGGCUCUCGGGCCCCUGAAACAGAUCCCCAUGAACCUGUUCAUCAUGUACAUGUCAGGCAACACCAUCUCCAUCUUCCCCAUCAUGAUGGUCUGCAUGAUGGCCUGGAGGCCCAUACAGGCGCUCAUGUCCAUGUCUGCCACCUUCAAACUGUUGGAGAGCUCCAGCCAGCAGUGGCUCCAGGGCCUCGUCUACCUGGUGGGUAACCUCCUGGGCUCAGCGUUGGCCAUCUACAAGUGUCAGUCGAUGGGACUGCUCCCGACACACUCGUCCGAUUGGCUGGCUUUCAUAGAACCACCUCAGAGGAUGGAGAUCAUGGGUGGAGGGAUGGUGUUGUGAAGAUGACGGAGCACGCACAUUGAAUAGAUUCAGAUAUUUACAGAGGUUAUAUACUGUACAGUCUCCUUCUGCUCAGAUUCACAACAGGUUACAACACGUUUGUUAAUAAAUCAGCGGCAGGAUGUGCGGCACAGCUUUCUGCCACACACACACUCUGUUUUCCUUUAUUUAACAGAGACGUUUAAUUUCCCAUCCUGCUGCCUUGCUUCAUGGUUUCAACCUCUGUUGUUCAUUUGUCUUUUAAUAAAGGUUUAAAUGCCAGCAGAUCAUCACACUGAACUACUGUAUUUUUAUUUCUAGGUAAAACAACAAUAAGAGGUUAUUAGAAUACAGAAUUAACAUCAUUAAAACAUUUCUUUAUCAAAGUAAAACUCUGUAAAACAUUUUGUCAGGAAUGAAGUCUUAGUAGGUUUUAUUGCAGAAGGUUUUUUUAAUCCAUUUUUUUUUUUUGUCUCUCAGUUUGUAGUUACAUGAUUUCAGCAUGCCAACCAACAACAUUUACUAACCUGCUUAAUUUAUGAGUCUCUUUAAGUUAUACUGAUUUGCUAAAUGAAAAUGUUCUAUAAAAUAAAUCCGAAAUAAAAUGCU